AUGGCGGACACGAAGCAGUUACCCGAGAUUGUUCUCUUCGGUGCGUCGAUGACGCAGUGGAGUUUCCGCGAGGAGACGCAGGGCCUCGGGUGGUUUUUGGGGAAGAUCUACACUUCAACCCGCCUCUCCUCCGACUUCGACCGCAUAAUCCAGCGCGCCACAUCCCCCACCACCCCCCGCACGCUGCUCUUCACAAUCUUCCUCGGCGCAAACGACGCCUGCAUGAUCGGGACUGACGCAAUGGUCCCCUGGCCCACUUUCUCGGCUAACAUACGCGCCUUCAUUGAGACCAUUCUCACGCAGGACGGCGGACUCGCCGAGACGAAAAUCGCUGUUAUUUUCCCCACCGCCGAUCAAUGGCGCAGAAGCAAAGGCACGCGGGGACGAGUCGGUGGAAGAAAUCGCGGAGAGUAA